AUCCACAUUCCAUCACACACACGAAAAGCCAAAUCUCUAGAAGUCUCAAUAAAUUGAAAACCAAAACCAAUGGCCGCAGCAGCACCGCCACCGCCACCAACUCCGGCGCCUGAACCCUCCACAGCACUGCCGGAAACAACCCCAUUAGGACACCCUCUGUUCACUCGCAUCCGGCUGGCCACCAUCAUCGACGUGCCCCACAUCCACAAGCUGAUCCACCAGAUGGCCGUCUUCGAACGCCUCACCCACCUCUUCUCCGCCACCGAAUCCUCCCUCUCCUCAACCCUCUUCUCUGCCACCUCCCAACCCUUCCAAUCCUUCACCAUCUUCAUCCUCGAAGUCUCCCCCAACCCCUUCACCGACACUCAUUUCGCCAAUGACCCUUUCUACAUACCCACAGUGAAAGUUGUGAACUUGGACCUCCCCAUUGAUGACCCAGAAAGGGAAACGUUCAGAACACAUCAUGGUGAUGAUGUUUGUAUUGCUGGGUUUGUGCUUUUUUUCCCAAACUAUUCUACUUUUCUGGGGAAGCCUGGGUUUUAUAUUGAGGACCUGUUUGUGAGGGAGUGUUAUAGGAGGAAAGGGUUUGGAAAGAUGCUUCUUUCUGCGGUGGCAAAGCAAGCUGUGAAGAUGGGUUAUGGGAGGGUGGAGUGGAUUGUGCUUGAUUGGAAUGUUAAUGCCAUCAAGUUUUAUGAGGAAAUGGGUGCUAACAUCUUGCAGGAAUGGAGGAUUUGCAGGUUGACUGGUGAGGCUUUAGAGGCUUAUGGAGGUGCUGAUUGAUUGAAAAAAGUUUUGGUUUUUAUCAUAAUUUGUGUUGGAAUUAGGCAACUUUUUACUCUCUUGGUUGAAUUUGGAGUUUUAACUUUCCAAUGUUGUUUUAGGGUGCUACUUAUCAUUUUAAAUGGAUGUUGCUGUUUUUCUGCUUCGGAUUUAGUAAAUGUGAUUGCUCCAUACUAUGAAAUUGUGGUUAUUCUAGUUAUUGUGGGUUAAAUGUUAAGUUACUAAGUCUAGUGUAUUAGUUUGCUCUAUAGAAGAGCUUUGCUUAUAGAAGUGUAUAAUAACCCUAAGUCAACAACAUAUCUCUCAACCAAAAUUCACUUUAAAGAAUCAAUAUUGUUUCCGCAUCCUAAAAAAAUUUCCGGGGAAUAUACAGAGUGUUGUAAAUCAUAUUUAUUGUAAUACAAGCUUUUUUGUCUUCAG